UGCUCUUGCCUGCUCAAAGUCUUCACACAUUGUUAUCUGAGGCGGAUCUGUAACAGGACACAUUUCAGGCUGUUCAGUUUAUGCUUUUGGUGGAAAGUAGAAAAGUUUUUCUGAAAGCUGCUGACUGAACACUGAGGAGACAUGGAAGCUGUGGUUGGACUUCUGGUGAUGAUACUUGGAGUCUCUCAUGGUGUGGCAACCCACUGUGAUGGCAGACAGGACGGAGUUCAGUGUUUCGGUCCUUUGGGAGGAACUGUGGUCGUCCAGCUGAUGGACAGUGACUCAGAAAUAUCUAGAUACCAAUUGUUUUACAAUAAUAAAACAACAUUAAUCAGAGUGGGAAAUAAUGUGAUUAUAACUAAUAAUAUACAAAACGGAUCCUCAUUUACUCCCAGUGAUAAAACAUUGACGCUCAAUAACCUGAGCAGGAAUGAUGGUGGUGAAUAUAAACUUCAAACCUUUGAUAACGAUGGAAAGAAGUCAGGAGAGCGGACUCUACAGUUGACCAUUCAAGCUCCUGUGUCCUCUGUCCUGCUGGACUCUGAGUGUCUGUCCCAGGGAGAGAAGAGGGUGUCCUGCUCCUCUGAGGGAGGGGAAAGUCCUCAGUACAGCUGGACUCUGGAUGGGCACAAACUGACAGACGCUGAGCUCCUCUCUGCAAACACUGAGACUAACAGCAUCACUCUGAAACAACACGUCUCAGGACUACUGCUCUGCUCAGUCAGCAAUGACGUCAGCAGUGUCACGACAGAAGAGAAGAUAUCUAACUGUGGCUUCAUAUACAUUAACUGCACCUUAAAUGUGACACAAAUAUCACAGUGGGUGUUUGCAGCCAAUAAUACCCUGUGCAUUGAGCCAACAACAGCUCCUACCCCGACCACAGAAGCCUCCACUGCGGGUAAGGACACUGACACCACGGUGUCAAUUAACCCCUGCACUAAUAUCACAACCUCCAAUCAAAAUGAGACCAAAGAUGAGCCCUGGUACAUUUACCACUUGGCAAAAGUGGCCGGUGUACUCUCUGCUCUGGUACUUCUGUUAGUGAUUGGGGUGGCUGUCAUCUACACUCAGAAAAAAAAGCAAAGCAACAAACCUAAAGCAGAAGAAGAUGAACAGGAGUUAACCUACGCUGUCGUCACGAUCAAGCAGCGGCAGGCGAGUCAGAUGCAGCAAAGGGCCGAGGACACAGAGGUGGAGUACGGCCAAGUCAAGUUUUCAGAGCGACCUCGGCAGACUGUUGAACCAGCAGUAGAUAAUUGUGUGUGCGCAAAGGUCCAUAAAGGCCAUUGAUUCACGGCAGAUAAAGGACCUAUUUGUACAGAUCACCUUCAUCCUACCUACUGGGGUGCUCGCAGACCACAGAGGUAUACUUCCUGUCUUAUCUCACAGGUCCCAAAUCUUUCAUGACUUUGUCAAUCUCUUAGUUCCUAAUGUCUUCAUAUCAUUGUUUAUGUUGUUUCUAUUUUGAUUAUUGCUUUUUUUUUUUUAUUAAUAUGUAAAUUAUGUAUUGGGGUCCUAAAAUAAUAAUAGCUUUUAUUUAAGAUGAAAUUAACUACAUGACGAAUAAUGUUUUGCUGAUGGUUGUUUCUUAAAGUCCUUAUAUGUACAGUAUGUUAAAUAUGUUGGUAGGAUGAGGGUUCAUUUAAAGUGAUGUUCAAUAGAAAAACAUCUCAUAUUGGUCAUAUAUUAUAAGAAUUAUUAUUAUUAUAUUUUUGUAAACAACUUAAAAUGUCUUUAAAAAAAAGCGUUUUAAGUAUUUCAAUUGCAGUAUUCAAUUAAAUUUGUAUCCAGUAUUACAAUUAUGUCUUUAUGUUUACAUUAAGUUAUUUAGGUAAAUGAUCUAAUUUACUUUUAUUGCAUAUGUAAAUCAUUGUAAACUUGCAAUCAUGCUAAUAUGAAUUUUAAGAAUAACAAUAUCUUUAUAAUGUAUUUAGUUUUACUACUCUACGAUGAUUGGCAGGCAUGGACAAUAUUCUAAAACGCUCUGAAAAUAUUUUGUCAUCUAAAAUGUCUACUUUUAACUUUGUGUUAAAGUAAUAAAGUUUGCUUUACAUUAAAAUGUAUUCUUUAAACA